CGAUAUCCGUAUAUGAGUCUACUUAGAGAUCAAGCUUGGUCGUCCUCGAGGGGGAUUGUGUGUAUUGAUGUUUUGUGGUGGUAUGAGCUGGGGAGACUCAGGCGGCUUUGCGUGUGACCAUCACUUAGGUAGACAGCCGGGUUGCUGGACUGGCUCUCUCCGAUCAAUUUGCACUGCACGUAGGCUCGCACAUCUGCAGGAGGAGUGCAACGACCUCAAUCGGUCACCAUGGCGGCAGCCAACGCCCCCAUCGCCAUGAGGGAGGCGUUAACGCUUACAAGUCUGGGCAUAAACCAACAAUUCGUGACAUUUACACAUGUGACGAUGGAAUCCGACAAGUACAUUUGCGUGCGGGAGACUUCUCCUCAGAACAGUGUAGUGAUUAUCGACAUGUCGAUGCCCAAUCAGCCUCUGAGGCGGCCUAUUACUGCCGAUUCUGCACUCAUGAAUCCAACCAGUAGAGUUCUUGCGCUGAAAGCUCUAAUUCCUGGGUCAACGCAAGAUCACUUGCAAAUUUUUAACAUUGAGUUAAAGGCGAAAAUGAAAUCGCAUCAGAUGCCAGAACAGGUAGUGUUUUGGAAGUGGAUUUCUUCAAAAUUACUAGGGCUUGUUACACAAACCUCAGUAUAUCAUUGGUCCAUAGAAGGUGAAAGUACACCACAGAAGAUGUUUGACAGAACUGCAAAUUUGACUGGUAACCAAAUCAUCAACUAUCGGUGUGAUCCCUCUGAAAAGUGGCUAGUAUUGAUUGGUAUUGCCCCUGGUGCACCUGAGCGCCCACAGCUUGUGAAGGGAAACAUGCAAUUAUUUUCUGUGGAUCAACAGAGGAGUCAAGCAUUAGAAGCGCAUGCAGCAUCAUUCGCAACUUUUAAGGUUUCAGGCAUUGAAAAACCUUCUCUCCUUAUUUCAUUCGCAACAAAGACCAUGGUCGGCGCUCAACUGGUUUCGAGAAUUCAUAUUAUUGAGCUGGGGGCUCAGCCAGGUAGACCCGGGUUUGCCAAGAAGGCGGCGGACUUGUUUUUUCCUCCGGAUUUUGCAGACGAUUUUCCAGUUGCAAUGCAGAUCUCAUCGAAGUACAAUCUUAUCUACGUUAUCACAAAGCUGGGCCUUCUUUUUGUCUACGAUCUAGAAACCGCUACAGCUGUGUACAGAAACCGUAUCAGUCCAGAUCCUAUCUUUUUGACAGUUGAUGCACCAACAACUGGUGGAUUUUAUGCUGUCAAUCGCCGCGGACAAGUUCUACUGGCGACUGUAAAUGAGUCAACAAUUGUUCCAUUCGUCAGCAAUCAGCUGAACAAUUUGGAGCUUGCGGUGAAUCUGGCCAGACGAGGGAAUUUGCCUGGAGCCGAGGGCUUGGUUGUGCAACGUUUCCACGAGUUGUUUUCUCAAAUGAAAUACAAGGAAGCAGCUGACCUUGCAGCUGAAUCACCAAAAGGAAUACUUCGAACUCCAGAUACGGUGGCCAAAUUUCAGAGUGUUCCAGUGCAGCCCGGACAAACGUCGCCACUUUUGCAGUACUUCGGAACUUUGCUGACAAAGGGCAAAUUGAAUGUGUUUGAGUCCUUAGAGCUUUCCCGGUUGGUUGUUAAUCAAAACAAGAAGAACCUACUUGAGAACUGGUUGGCGGAAGACAAACUCGAGUGCAGUGAAGAACUCGGAGAUCUUGUCAAGACCGUAGACAGUGAUAUGGCUUUGAAAAUUUACAUAAAGGCCAGGGCUACACCCAAGGUGGUUGCAGCUUUUGCUGAGCGGCGAGAGUUUGAUAAGAUUCUGAUUUACUCCAAGCAGGUUGGGUAUACACCAGAUUAUCUGUUCCUGCUGCAGACAAUACUGCUAUCAGAUCCUCAGGGUGCUGUAAACUUUGCUCUGAUGAUGUCUCAGUUGGAAAGAGGAUGUCCAGUAGACUAUAAUGUUAUCACUGACUUGUUCCUUCAGCGCAACAUGAUCAGGGAGGCAACCGCGUUUCUUUUGGAUAUUCUGAAGCCUAAUUUACCGGAGCAUGCCCUACUUCAAACCAAGGUACUGGAGAUCAAUUUGGUCACAUUUCCCAAUGUGGCUGAUGCAAUUCUGGCGAAUGGCAUGUUCUCCCAUUAUGAUCGUCCUCGCAUUGCUCAACUCUGUGAGAAAGCUGGUCUCUACAUGCGUGCCCUUCAGCAUUACACAGAGUUGAAUGAUAUCAAGCGUGUUGUGAUCAACACUCAUGCUAUUGAACCUCAGGCGCUAGUGGAGUUUUUUGGAACUUUGUCUAGGGAGUGGGCCUUAGACUGCAUGAAGGAGCUUCUCCAAGUGAAUAUGCGAGGGAAUCUUCAAAUUAUCGUGCAGGUUUCGAAGGAGUAUGGGGAACAGCUGGGUGUUGAUUCUUGUGUAAAGUUGUUUGAGAGCUUCAAAUCAUACGAAGGCCUUUACUUCUUCCUUGGCGCAUACUUAAGUACAAGCGAGGACCCUGAGAUCCACUACAAGUACAUUGAGGCUGCAGCAAAGACUGGCCAAAUCAAGGAAGUGGAACGUGUCACAAGAGAGUCCAACUUCUAUCCUCCUGAGAGGACCAAAAACUUUUUGAUGGAAGCAAAGUUACCAGAUGCAAGGCCUCUCAUCAAUGUUUGCGAUCGACAUGGCUUUGUGCCAGAUCUUACUCAUUUCCUUUAUGUCAACAAUAUGCUUCGAUAUAUUGAAGGAUAUGUGCAGAAGGUCAAUCCACAAAACGCACCUCAGGUGGUUGGGCAAUUGCUUGAUGAUGAUUGCCCUGAGGACUUCAUUAAGGGUUUGAUCUUAUCCGUCCGCUCACUGCUUGCUGUUGAGCCUCUGGUCACCGAGUGUGAGAAGAGGAAUCGUCUGCGACUGUUGACACAAUUCUUAGAGCAUUUGGUAAGUGAAGGUAGCCAAGAUGUGCAUGUGCACAAUGCUCUUGGGAAGAUCAUCAUAGAUACAAACAAUAAUCCUGAGCAUUUUCUCACUACAAAUCCUUACUACGACUCAAAAGUUGUUGGUAAGUACUGUGAGAAGCGCGACCCCACACUCGCAGUGGUUGCAUACAAACGAGGUCUGUGUGAUGAUGAGCUUAUCAAUGUAACGAACAAGAACUCUAUGUUCAAGCCUCAGGCCAGGUAUGUGGUUGAGCGUAUGGAUCCUGAGCUAUGGUUGAAGGUUCUCGACCCAGAAAAUCCCUUCAGGAGACAGCUCAUUGAUCAAGUCGUUUCUACUGCACUGCCAGAGAGCAAGAAUCCAGAACAGGUGUCAGCCACUGUUAAGGCAUUCAUGACUGCAGAUUUGCCCCAUGAGUUGAUCGAACUUCUAGAGAAAAUUGUUCUACAGAACUCUGCCUUCAGUGGCAACCCGAAUCUCCAGAACCUGCUCAUUCUCACAGCAAUCAAGGCUGAUAAAUCAAGGGUUAUGGACUAUAUCAACCGAUUGGAUAAUUUUGAUGGUCCAGCAGUGGGGGAAAUUGCUGUUGGUGCUGAGCUUUAUGAGGAAGCAUUUGCUAUAUUUAAGAAGUUCAACUUGAACGUGCAAGCUGUCAAUGUCCUCUUGGACCACCUCCGCGACAUUGACCGUGCUGUGGAAUUUGCAGCACGAGUGGAAGAGGAUGAGGUCUGGAGCCAGGUGGGUAUGGCACAGUUGAGAGAAGGGCUGGUAAGUGAUGCCAUUCAAUCUUUCAUCAAGGCUAACGAUGCUACCCAGUACAAUGAAGUUAUAAAUGUGGCAUCCAAUGUCAAAGCUUACGAGGAUCUUGUCAAAUACUUGCAUAUGGUUCGGAAGAAGGUGAAGGAACAGAGGGUGGACUCGGAAUUGAUUUAUUCCUAUGCUAGACUUGAUCGAUUGGGUGAUAUUGAGGAUUUCAUUAUUUCUCCUAACCUUGCGAAUCUGCAAACCGUUGGAGACCGACUCUUUGAUGACUCCUUGUACGAAGCUGCCAAAAUCAUAUUUACUCACAUCUCCAACUGGGCUAGACUGGCGAGCACUCUUGUCAAAAUUCAUCAGUAUCAAGCAGCUGUGGAUGCGGCUCGGAAGGCCAAUAACUCACGGACUUGGAAGGAAGUGUGUUUCGCUUGUGUUGAUGCUGAGGAAUUUCGAUUAGCGCAAAUCUGCGGUCUUAAUGUCAUUGUCCAGGUGGACGACUUGGAAGAAGUCAGUCAGUACUAUCAGAACAGGGGUUGUUUUGUGGAGCUUAUCUCUCUUAUGGAGAGUGGGCUUGGGCUGGAGCGUGCACACAUGGGAAUAUUCACAGAACUUGGAACGCUUUAUGCGAAAUACCGGCCAGAGAAGCUUAUGGAGCAUCUCAAGCUUUUUGUUACCCGUAUUAAUAUUCCAAAACUUAUCCGCGUUUGCGACGAGCAACAGCACUGGCAGGAACUUACAUUCUUGUAUAUUCAGUAUGAUGAGUAUGACAAUGCCGCUGCUACUAUGAUGAGCCAUUCUCCUGAGGCUUGGGAUCACAUGCAGUUCAAGGACGUGGCUGUGAAGGUAGCCAAUGUGGAAUUGUACUACAAGGCUACUCACUUCUAUCUGCAGGAGCAUCCAGAGUACAUCAGCGAUCUUCUUAAUGUCCUAGCUACUCGAAUAGAUCAUACAAGGGUGGUAGACAUCAUGCGGAAGGCUGGACAAUUAUCACUGGUGAAACCAUACAUGGUGGCUGUACAGAGUGCUAACAAUGCUGCAGUGAAUGAGGCUCUCAAUGGCUUAUACAUUGAAGAUGAGGAUUACGAACGACUCAGAGAGUCCAUUGAUAUGUAUGAUAACUUUGAUCAGAUGUCAAUGGCACAGCGGAUUGAGAAGCACGAACUUCUGGAAAUGCGACGAGUUGCAGCUUACGUCUACAAGAGGGCUGGGAGAUGGAAACAGUCGGUCGCUCUUUCUAAGAAGGAUAACUUGUACAAGGAUGCCAUGGAAACCGCCUCACAAUCAGGCGAUCGUGAUCUUGCUGAGGAAUUGCUUACCUUCUUUGUGGACAAGGGCAAGAAAGAAUGCUUUGCUGCAUGCCUAUACACCUGUUACGAUCUCAUUCGUGCUGAUGUUGCGGUGGAGCUCGCCUGGAUGCAUGGCAUGAUGGAUUUUUGUGUUCCUUAUUUAUUACAGUUCAUUCGUGAGUAUACAACAAAGGUUGAUGACCUUGUCAAGGAUAAAAUUGAAGCAACUGAAGAAAAGAGGUCGAAGGAGUCCGAAGAGAAGGAGGUUGUGGCGCAACAGAAUAUGUAUGCCCAGCUUUUGCCUUUAGCUCUACCUCCUCCUCCUGUUCCUGGUGUGAAUGGCUUUGCGCCUGGCAUGGGCAUGCCUACCAUGAGUGGUAUGCCACCUAUGGGUGGAGGUUACGGCAUGCCCCCCUUAAGCGGAGGGUACGGUAUGCCUAGUAUGAGUUCAAUCUAACAAUAUCUUCAAAGGAAUUUAUUAUUCAAUCUCUAUCAAGCUUCUCAUCUGGGUUGAAUUACGUCCAACAAAGCUUAAUGUGAACAAUUUGUGGUUCAACGAAUGCAUUUUCACGCGUUCGAGAACGGCUUUGUGGUGUGUCUGCAUCGAACUGAAAUUGAAUUGUAGUUGGUAGUGCUGCUAGUUUGUAGAUUAGUUGUAGCGCUGGUUUGUGCAGGUAGUAGGAUGGAUACUAAAUUACCAGUGAUGAUCAGGACGGCCGCGUAGUCACCUAUGUUGGGACCAUGAUAUAUAUAUGAGGGUAUUGUCGAUGGAUUAUAUUGUUGAGGGAUAUGUGGUGGUUCCGUUCAUCGGCUGCUAUUGCAGAUUUGUAGGGUAGAGAGAAGUGCAGCGGGCAACUCAUGUACAGUAAGCCAUUUGAUCUGAUACAUUGUAGCAUUAUCAACAUUUGAACUUCUAGUGCUUGUUUUUU